CGCCCGCGGCCUCCCGGCCCGCCUCCCGGAGCCCGCCCCGCCUGCCCUUCCUCGCCUCCCGCGGCUCGGUCUCGGCGGUCCCCUCCUCCUCCGCCCCGCGUCCUGACUUUCUCCCUCCUUCCUUCAGAGGAUGUCCUCCUUCCAGCUCAGCCUCAACCCGCUCAAGGAGCCGCUCGGCUUCAUCAAGGUCCUCGAGUGGAUUGCUUCUAUCUUUGCUUUUGCCACCUGUGGAGGUUUUAAGGGCAAAACAGAAAUUCAAGUGGGUUGUCGUAAAUUUAAUGACAACAAAACAGUUACUGCUACUUUUGGAUAUCCAUUCAGGUUGAAUCAGGCAUCAUUUGAGGCACCUAACAAUGGAAAUGUGUGUGAUAUAAAUUGGAAAAGUUAUGUCCUUAUUGGAGAUUACUCUUCGUCUGCACAAUUCUAUGUUACGUUUGCAGUCUUUGUCUUCCUGUACUGCAUGGCUGCUCUUCUGCUCUAUGUUGGUUAUACGAACCUAUAUCGGGAAAGUCGAAAACUUCCCAUGGUUGACUUUGUUGUUACUCUUAUUGCCACUUUUUUAUGGUUGGUGAGCACUUCAGCCUGGGCUAAAGCUCUUACAGAUAUUAAAGUAGCUACUGGUUACAAUAUUGUCCAGGAACUUGAGCCUUGUAAGCAUCCAGGAGUGAUGUGUACUUUUGGUUCCGUGACUAGUAUGGGAUCCCUAAAUGUAUCUGUGAUCUUUGGCUUUCUGAAUAUGAUACUUUGGGGAGGAAAUGCAUGGUUUGUGUACAAGGAGACCAGCUUACACAGUCCAUCAAAUACUUCUGCUUCCCAUAGCCAAGGAGGUAUGCCACCUCCUGGAAUAUAAUUAAAGGGAGGAGUACACUGUAUGAAACUUAGGUCUAUACUAUGACCUUUUAUCAGCAUCUUGAGAAGCAUUAUUUGUUUCUAAUAAAAGUAAUGGCUUUUUCAAUAAAUUGGUGGGUUUAAAAUUUUGCUGCUUUUUUUACAUAAAGCCUGUGCCUGCCUUUCCUAGAAAUGUAAGAUGUAAAUGUAUUCUCACAUGUAAAUUUGAAAAUUCAGGUGACUGUUAUGAGGUGAUACACAUUUUUUAAUAAAUGGUAAUUUCUUUACUAAGUUUGUCUUCCAAACUGUUUACACCUUUAGCCUUAACCUGUAUCUUCACUCAGAAAAGAGGUAUAUUAUCAUAUCAUAAUAGGAAGAAAAUUUCUAUUGGAAUAUACACUACUAUAAGUUUGUACAGAUCAUAUACCUGUCUUUAAGAAAGCCUUGAUUACAUAAAUCAUAUUUAGAAAAAAAUGUUCAGUUCAGAAUUUAUAUCUGAACAUUGUUUAUAUGUUAUGAAAAUUUUUCAAUUCCAAAGACUGGGUCUAUGUUUUAUUUCUGUUUUUCUAAAUGACCUAUAUACUUAAUACAUGUGCUCAAAUUAUUUGGGAAUGGGUUUGGGAAAUUUCUCAAUAGAUGUGUGGUUAAUUGAGUAAUUGUGUCACAUGAGGUGUAAGCUUGCAUGAUGCUGGCUGGUUGAUAGACCUGCUAUAUAAAUAGAACGCAGACAUGGCUCAGUGCACUGUUGUUACAUGCAUGGGUGUUACUAUAGUGACACUUGUCUGCUGUCCUUUGUUCAUACUACUUGAGGGCAGGCUGAGCCCUAGUCUCCCUGCUAGUAGAGUAAAAUAAUCCAGCUUUUUUUGAAAACCCCAUUUAUAGGGUUAAAAAAAUUAACAUGGUCUUUUAUUUUUGAAACAUUUUAACAUUUACAAGAUUCAAUGAAGUUGCUAUUUUGAGUUUAACAAUGAUAUUGUGAAAAUAAAUGCAAUUUGAAUUUCAUGUUUCUUAAUGUUCGUUUCAUUUCACAAAUGGAUGAUUAAGGAAUUAAUGCAUCAUAAACAAGGAACUUGGUGAGCUAUCUUAUGGAUGUGCUGCUUUGGCACACACAUUUGGGUAUAUUCUGAAUACAGGGCUUCCUCACAGUUUGCUUCCUAAUAUUUUUGUUGUACAGGGCUAGGUUUCCUAUUCUUAACAUGUGAUUGUUUAUAUGUGAAGCACAUUUGCCUUAUUUUUGUUGCAUUUGUGUUGUCAGUAUGAAAAUGUACAUCUUUUAUGCAACCAAUUUAAUAAAGAAGUUAAAAAGAAA